AUGAGCAGAAAGCAGAAGCUGAACGAUCUUGUGUGCAACUUCUGUGGAUCCUAUGCGGCUGCAACAAGACAGAAAACAAGUGGUCAGAGUGAGAGUGAUGUUGUGAAACUGGCACACGAGAUCUUUUGCAACGAUCACAAGCUUAAAUUUAACCUUCACCAUGCUUGGAAGGAGCUCCGCUAUGACCAGAAAUGGUGUGAGCAUGCUAGUAGUAAGCUUGGUGGAAGCGCUAAGAAGAGAAAGUGUGAGGAUGGAGCAGAAACAUCAAGCUCUCAAACAACUGUCAAUCUAGAUGAGCAACCUACCAAACGUCCAGCGGGUGUUAAGGCUGCGAAAGCAGCUUCUGCAAAGAAACCAAUAGUAGAUAAGGAGGCUGUGUUAAAGUUUCAGACCAUGUGCUCUAUUAGAGAGAAAGACUUGGCCCUGAAAGAGAGACUUUCGAAAAUGGAUCUGCUUAACACUCUCAUUUCAAAAAAUGUGCCACUUUCUGAAAAAAGAAGAAGCACUAAAGACUAA